GUGCGUGUGUGUGAGUGCGUGUGUGUGCGUGUGAGUGUGCGUGUGUGCGCGCGUGUGUGUGUGUGUGUGUGUGUUGAUCCAUCAUGACAGAUUUGUGUGUGAAGUGGUCAUGUGAAUACUGCACAUUUGAGAACUGGCCGUCUGCUAUUAAAUGCACCAUGUGUCGAGCGCGGCCUAGUGGCACCAUCAUUACAGAGGAGUCCUUCCCGAGCAGCACCGGCCCGCGUGCAGGACACCCAUGGGAGCCCGAGCGCAGCGACAGCCUGCUGAUCUGCCCUGACUCCAGCGCCCGGCCUCGUGUGCGUCCCGCAGAGUCCUCCGAGCCCAGCGGGAAGUGGUCGUGUCAGGUGUGCACCUACCUGAACUGGCCCCGAGCCGUGCGAUGUACCCAGUGCCGCAGCCUCCGUCAGCGUGUCUCCAGCCCUACAGAUACCCCUCAGACCUCCAGCACCCUCCGAAGACCUGCAUCUGCUCCAGCGGUGGAUCCCUGUGAGGAAUAUAACGACAGGAACCGGCUGAACACGCGGACGCAGUGCUGGACCUGCUUGGCCUGCACGUACGAGAACGCCCUCAAAUCGUUUCGCUGUGUGGUGUGUGAUCAUCCGAGACCCAACGACACCUUUCUGCCGCCCGAGCCUGAGGAGCCUUCACCUGGGCGAGGUGUGUGUGGAGCAGCACAGAAACACUCGCCUCCGUCCUCCAGACGCGAGGCUGAGCUGCAGAUUGAGCUGGCGGCCGGAGCUCACAGCCGCCCAGAGGAGAUGGACUUCAAGAAGAUCAAGCAGAUCAAGAACCGCAUGAGGAAAACAGACUGGCUGUUUCUCAACGCAUGUGCUGGUGUAGUUGAAGGAGAUCUGUCUGCAGUCGAGGCCUACAAGUCUUCAGGUGGUGAUAUUGCACGUCAGCUGAACGCAGAUGAGGUGCGUCUCCUGAAUCGACCCUCAGCGUUCGACAGCGGCUUCACACUCGUUCAUCUCGCCAUCCGAUUCCAGAGGCAGGACAUGCUCGCCAUCCUGCUCACAGAGGUGUCCCAGCGGGCCGUCAAAUGCAUCCCAGCGAUGGUUUGUCCCGAGCUGACGGAGCAGAUCCGCAGAGAGAUCAGCUCCUCACUGCACCAGCGCAAAGGAGACUUCAACUGCUACUUCCUGACAGACCUCGUCACGUUCACACUGCCGGCAGAUAUUGAAGAUCUUCCUCCUGCCGUUCAGGAGAAGCUGUUUGAUGAAGUGCUGGACCGCGACGUUCAGAAGGAGCUGGAGGAGGAGUCAGCGGUCAUCAACUGGUCUCUGGAGCUGGGUUCUCGUCUGGACAGUCGUCUGUAUGCGCUGUGGAACCGCACCGCUGGAGACUGCCUGCUGGAUUCGGUGCUGCAGGCCACAUGGGGCAUCUAUGAUAAAGACUCUGUGCUGAGGAAGACGCUACAUGACAGCUUACACGACUGCUCUCACUGGUUUUACACGCGCUGGAAGGAGUGGGAGUCCUGGUAUUCUCAGAGUUUCGGGCUUCACUUUUCUCUUAGAGAGGAGCAGUGGCAGGAGGACUGGACCUUCAUCCUCAACCUCGCCAGCCAGCCCGGGGCCAGUUUGGAGCAGACUCAUAUAUUUGUUCUGGCUCAUAUCCUGCGGCGGCCCAUCAUCGUUUACGGAGUGAAGUAUUACAAGAGCUUCAGAGGAGACACUUUAGGCUACACUCGAUUUCAAGGUGUGUAUCUGCCGCUGCUGUGGGAGCAGAGCUUCUGCUGGAAGAGCCCGAUCGCUCUGGGCUACACACGAGGUCAUUUUUCUGCUUUGGUUGGCAUGGAGAGCGACGGCUACGAUAAUCGCGGCGCGGGCGCUAAUCUCAACACUGACGAUGACGUCACCGUGACCUUCCUGCCGCUGGUGGACAGCGAGAGGAAACUGCUGCAAAUUCACUUCCUGUCAGCACAAGAGAUGGGCAGUGAGGAGCAGCAGGAGCGUCUCCUCCGCCACUGGCUGGACUGUUGCGUUACCGACGGCGGGAUGUUGGUGGCGCUGCAGAAGAGCAGCAGGCGCAGGCAUCACCCGCUCAUCACGCAGAUGCUGGAGAAAUGGCUGGACGGCUACCGGCAGAUGCACCCCUGUCCCACGCUCUCAGACGGAGAGGAAGAGGAGGACGACGAAGACGAGUGAACACCUCAAAAACAUUUCAACACUGUUCCACACAUACACACACACCCUCCAAAUGCCCUGAAUGCAGUGCAACCACUCCGGAAAUUACAUUGGCUGAGCGCUUGGCGUGCUGCAACUUAAGAAAGCGCAUGCAAUCACAACAAACGCCAGCCAAUUAAGAUUUAAGACAUGGGUGUCCAAACUCAAUCCUGGAGGGCCGGUGUGCUGCAAAGUUCAGCUCCAACUUUCUUCGACAAACCUCCCUGGAAGUUUCUAGUAUACCUAGAAAGAGCUUGAUUAGCUUAUUCAGGUGUGUUUAACUUGGAUUGGAACU